UUGGUGGUGGCAGUCCAGCGAGUUUUGUUGCUUGAAGAGUGCCAUACAAAAAUAUUUGAAUAGCUGAUAAGAGAAUUAAAAGUCACAAGGAUAAGAAAGGAUCGGAAAAGGAGUAACCUUGGCGAGCACUUUUUUGCCAUCCGUAAUUAAAUAGUUUUCAAAACAGUAUUUUUGUGUGUGCAUGUGUGAUUAAAUUUCAAAAACAUAAAGAAAAAUGGAAGUAAUUGAGAAAAUCAACGAAGUGGACUACAGUUUCACCUCUCAUGAGUUGAACGAGUGGUUCGGUUUGCGGGCGCCCAACUUCAUAGUUGCAGUUAUAGCCGCGUAUCUGUUGCUAAUUUAUGCAAUCGUACCAAAUUACAUGAAAGAGAGAGCACCCUAUCAACUAAAGACAUAUAUUGUAGUAUACAAUUCGGCGCAAAUGAUCUCCUGUAUUUACAUUAUCAGUGAGAUUUUUCGCAUCACAUCAACAAAGAUAUUUCAAUUCUGGGAGUGUUAUAUGUUCGAGUCGAAUACACAUGCGGAAUAUCUGUUUAAUCGCGUCACAUAUUUCACCUUCUGGCUAAAAAUUAGUGAGCUUUCAGAAACGAUUGUAUUUGUCUUGCGUAAGAAGCAGAAUCAGGUGUCCUAUCUUCAUGUAUUUCAUCAUUGCUCAACCAUUACACUGAUCUAUCUCUUGCUUGUCAAUUAUAGAGGAGGCUCUGCUUUGUAUCCGCUGCUGCUCAAUUGCACUGUUCAUGUGUUUAUGUAUGCCUACUACUUGAUUGCAGCUGUGUGCGACGAGAAUAUUGUGAAAGGUUUAACACCAGUCAAGAAAUCGAUUACUACCAUUCAAAUGAUACAAUUCGUCCUAAUUCUUGUGCACGCGGGUGUUAUAUCUUGUCGCUGCGUAAUAGCACCGUUAGUGGUUGGCUAUUAUGCUUUUGUGGUCCUUGCCAUAUUCUAUGGUUUUUAUGACUUCUACAGGAAGGCUUACAAAGCUAGCAAUAAGAGUAGCUAAUAUUUCCUGAUAUUUCAUUAUUUUGUAAUCAGAAUUUAUUUUAGCAUACCUAUACAUAUAUGUACUAAGUACAAAAUCACAGGAUCCUACAAAAUGAUAAGAGGAAAUAUAUACUUAUAUGUAAAUUUA